UCAUGCUGCUGCCAGGUCCAGAGUGUCUCAUGGGUCCCUGUACGGCCUCCCAUUGCUGCUGUCUCCAUCGCCACACUCUACCAUGUGCCACUUUCAGGUCUCCUCACACUGCUGGUGUGUUCCAUUUUUUGUCAUAGGGUGCUGGCAGAUUACGGGCCUCCCAUUGCUGCUGCCAGGCCCGUAAUCUGCCAUGGGCCCCUGUACCGCCUCCUCAUGCUGCUGCCAGGUCCACAGUCUCUCAUGGGUCCCUGUACGGCCUCCAUUGCUGCUGUCUCCAUCGCCACACUCUGCCAUGUUCCACUUUCAGGUCUCCUCACACUGCUGGUGUGUUCCAUUUUUUGU